AUGAAUUUGGCAAGCGCGUACGCGGCCAUCAGUACCCUGUCCAUACUUACGGUGGACGAUGGAAUGGAACUAUGUGUGGAUUUCUACCGGUUUAAAGUGGAAGGUCCCACUGCCAAAUCAUCAAGGCACGUCCAUUGUCCAGACAAUUCAACCGUCCAGGGGGAUGUUGCGUAAGUUGUCUUGGUCAAUCUUUUGUUUUUGAAUUUUUUCAGCUCGUCUAGUUUUUUGUUAGUUUUUCCCUGCAUAAUUUUGUGUAUGCAAACUUUUUAAUUUUAAAUUGGUGUUUCAGUGAGUACAAGCUUUACUCGGGUUUGAAUUUUACAAAGCAUUUCAUCAUGCCGCAAAAUACAGAAGUUGGCACUGUUCUUCACGCUGGUGAGCACUUGGUUGGGUAAGUUUCAUAUUUGAGACUUUUUUUGUCAAUUUGCAAAAAUUUUUAGAUGAUUAAAAUUGAGAACUAAGGCAAUAAUACUGUUACUUUGUAGGCCGGACCCAUAUGUAGCAUUCUCCAUGGUAUCAGCCGGACGUGACCCAACGUAUUUGAAAAGCGCUGACAAACAUGGCGACGUACUUCAGAUCAGCACUUCCAACGGCCAUGUAUUCUAUCAAGAAUGCAAAGAUGGUGGAAAGGCUCGGUAUAUACUAAUGUCUGCAAACGUUGUUUUCGAGACUUUGAACCGGAACGACCUUCAAGUCUGCGGCUUGACUUUUGGUCACACCUCAGAUGGUCUGAUUUGGGAAAGCCAGGGCAAGUGUCGGAAGUUGGUCGUCGAGGGGAAAUCUGCCAGUUUGAAACGAGAGGCAUGUCCGAAGGUCGAAAAGCUCGUGUUUUCCAUGGUAAGUCUUAUUCUGAAGGUUUUUUCUUACUUGAUCUGUAAAAGAGUUUAAGCUAUAUUUUGAAAUUUCUAGUUGGGUAAAUUAAAAUGCUCUUCAGGCUGUCUUAGGAUCAGAUGGUUUAUAAAAUUUUGAAUUUUAGGCCGCUUUGAAGAACCGUGCUCCAUCGACGAAAGGUGAACUGCCUGACGCUGAAGUUGACACAACAUUGGCUGUGCUUUACCUGAAGUAAGUUUUCUACAAUUUAUUUUACUUUAUAUUUUUUGAAGAUUUUUUAGAGAUUUUAUGAAAAACUUUUUAUGUUUUUACCUAGUUUUUGCAUUCGGAAUUAGUUUUAUAUUUUAGUGUCAAACUGUUAAGACUGGAACCGGUUUAAAACAUUUUUUUUUAGGCCUAAGCCAGUUACCACCACCACCACGCCAGAGCCUACCACUGAGAUCGCCGAAACGGCUGUUUCUAAUUCAACCACUGAAGGAUCAGAGUAAGUGUUUAUGGCAUUCUUUGGUCUAUGUUUUGAAAAGUUCACGCUAAGACGGAGUAGUUAACUGUUUUUUAAAAUUUUUAUGAUUUAAUAAAAUGAAACUAGCCAAUAUAAACUUUUUGUCAUGAAUUAAACAUUUAAGUUUAGUUUUACUCUGACAUUUGUGUUUCAGCACCUCCACCGUAUCUGUAGAUCCUUGGAUGAUUGGUCUCAUUUGCGUUGUUGUUGGAAUCUCCAUCGGAAUCGUGGUUGCACUUGUAGUGUUUUACAAGAUGAAGGGCAAGAGGACUCACAAAAAGAGCAAGAAAAGAAAGAAGAAAACUUCGAACACAUCGUCGGACACAUCGUCAAACAUCAAGUCCAACAUAUCGAACAUAACAUCGAACACACCAGCGGACACCAAAUCGAACAUACCAGCACAGAGCCCAACGCCGAAGGAAGAACCGAAGAAGGGCAAAGUAAUUGUCAUAGGCAAGAGACUUGUUCCAGAAACAGUUGACGCAAAUGGGAAUGUUAUCCCUGCUCAUUAUAUAGUAACAGGAUUCAGGGUAGAGUUUGCUGACUCUCCGUCUAAAACCCCGUCCGAAAGAUCCCGACGUGUCUAA